AAUGACUCAUACAGUAUUAUUAAAAUCUGUAGUUCUACGCAUAGCCACCAGUUUAAUUUGUUGACCAGGAUAAACAUAGAAAUGCCUGAUGAAGUUUUAAGCCAGCAUCGAGAUGAAAAUAUAGCUGACGAUGGAAAUACGUGUAACGAUCCACGGGCUGUUAACAACGAUUUACCGUAUAUAAAUUUCGGAAAUCCAGACAGAGAAGAUGAUCGCCUUGCAACUUUCAGAGACUUUCCACAACAUCGUGAUUCUGCUUUACCACGCGAUCUUGCCAACGCCGGAUUCUUUUUUACGGGAGUGGGAGAUGUUGUGAAAUGCUUCAGCUGUGGAAAUUGCGUAGAGCGUAUGACAAGACGUGAAGAUCCACGAGAUAGAAGAUUUCAUCGAGAUGAUUGUUUACAUCGUAAUGAUCUCGAUGAGAGAAACGUACCUGCAACUUAUCCACCUACCGCGUUACCAUUGCAUAAUUUUUUGAGAAACGGAGGUCUGAGUUCUUCGGCAAACACAAUUCAACCUACUAGAGAGAGAAACGAAAUAUCUGAACCAAUGCAGCAGGACGAAGAAAUAUUUGUUAUUCCUCAACAACCUUCGCAGCCGAGCUGUGACGUCGAACCACAAGAUCAAGCUGCGGAAGAGCAGCCCGCAGAUCCAGAACCUCAAGGCGCAGCAGUGGGAGCUUCUAGCAGUGCACCCGAAGAGGAGAUAUUUCCCGCUUUUGAGUGUUCGGAUCCAUUUCAUGCUCACAUGGCAGAUCCACGAGAGAGACUUCGAACAUUUCAAGGAAAUUGGCAAGCAAAUAUAGGCGCGACUCCGCAGAAUAUUGCGGACGCUGGUUUCUAUUAUACAAAUGAGAGGGACCGUGUGACAUGUUGGUACUGCAAUGGUGGGCUUGAAAAUUGGGAACGUGAUGACGAUCCUUGGAUAGAGCAUGCAAAAUGGUUUCCACAUUGCGAAUUCCUCUUACGUCACAAAGGUCCAGACUUCGUGGGUGCAAUUGCUGAGCAAUUUCCUGAUCUUCCGAGACCGAAUAACGAUCCUGCUCACCAGCCGACUGUCGCGGUCAAUCCGUUACCUGAACCCCCACCACCUCCACCCGAAAACAACCCCCUUGCGCCUCCUCGGCCUCGACCACCUGCCGAUGUUGGCCCUCGACGUGUUCCAGGUCCUCGACGUAACCAAAUAAAUUCAACGUUUAUCAAUAUCGUAAAUGGGCAGAUAAUGGGAGGAAUGCCGCCUAAUGUUGUAUACAACAAUAACCCAGAAGGUGGAUUUACAAUAAAUAUACACAGACAUGGAGCUGGAGGAGCUACAAGAACAGUCGUUCGAGGAACGAAUAAUGUCAGAAUAGUGCAAACAGGGGGAGGUGGAAGACGACUUGGACGACGGCAGCAACAGCGGCAAGCGCCGGAAUUCGUCGAUCCAGGCCAAGAUGCUGAACGACAUCAACAAACUGUUGAUAAUGCAAUGGCCAAUUCACCUCUUGUAACUAGCGCUCGAAAUAUGGGUUUUACGGACGAUGUAAUCCGAGUGGUUUUGUUAAGCAAGUGUCGAGCUGGAGGCGGAAUAUACGACAAUAUUGAAGAUUUUGUGGAAGCUUUGACAGAAUACCAGACAGAAGCUGCAAGACUGGAUGAAAAUCCGGCUCCUCCAGUUGACCCACCACCAGAGGGUGCAGCGGGAACUUCACAGUCUGGAGAAGGGGAAGGUGCAUCUUCAAGUUCUGAAUCCAGCUUCGACAAUUAGAAGAAAGUCGAAAUUGCAAGUUAUGUCAUCGUGAAAAAGCGACUAUUGUACUUAUGCCAUGUGCCCACUUGGCUGCGUGUGCAACCUGUGCUGAACGGAACAUCAGAGUGUGCCCUGUGUGUAGGCAGAUGGUGACGGAAACCAUACGCUCUUUUAUAUCUUAAAACGCUCGAAGGAAAGUAAAGUCAACUGAAAAAAUAUUGAUCUGAAGCUGGUGCUUUUGUGGAAUAGUUUGAUCUGUAGUCGCUGACCGCUUCCUUUUUGAGAAAACCACUUUUUCUUUUGGGCAAGAGUUUAGGUGUAAGUCUAUAAAUAUUUUGGUAAUUUUUGUUAAAUAGCAUGUACCAGGCAACUGCACAAUGUGAUAUUUUCAUUCAUAAUUUCAUUUGUUAAUAUAUAGUUUAUGUGAACCGUACAUAAAUAUCGUCAAUGCUUAAUAAAAAUCCUUAUUGU